CUGGGUGCACAACGGACGUGUAACGCGCUUAACUUUAUUAAAUUACAAAAUACAGUGCCAUAACUUCAAACAAACUUCAAAAUUAUUGCUGCUUGAAUUAAGAAAGUGAAAUACACAAGAUGCAGAUGCAGCUGCAGCUGAGAGCUUUGCUGUGGCUCUGCCUGGCACUGGGCGCCAGCGCAUCCCGCAUUCUCUUCAUGGGUGUCUUUCCAUGCCCCAGCCACUGGCUCUGGCUGGAGCACUUUCAACGCGAUCUACUGCGUCGUGGUCAUGAGGUAACCAGCGUCACCAAUGUGCCCACCAAGACGCCACAUGCAAAUCUCACAGAGAUAAUACUCAAUCCAGCUUUCGAUAUUCCCAAGCAUUUUCCCAAGAACAUUAUUUUCGAUAUGCACUACUCCAGCGAUUUUCAGAAUCUGCAUUUGUUUUGGAACAUUGGUCUGAUGACCACGGAGCAUGCGCUGCAGGACGUGCAGCUGCGACAGCUCAUCAACAGUCAGAAUGAACACUUUGAUUUGGUCAUCAUAGAGCAGUUCUUCCAUGAGGCAUUGCUCAUGUUUGGGCACAAAUUCAAUUGCCCCAUCGUGACCAUCGGCACCUUGGGCUAUGCGGAUAAUAUGGAUCAUGCCAUGGGCAUAGUAACACCUUGGUCGGUUAUUCCACAUCUGGUGCUGCCACACACAGAUCAAAUGAGCUUUGCUCAGCGCGCUUACAAUUCUUAUCUGUCCUUAUACGAUGCUAUCAUGAGGCGUUGGUAUUAUCUGCCCAAAAUGCAAGCGCUGGCUGUGAAGUACUUCGGCGAAAGUAUAAAAGGUGAGUUGCCCAAUGUGCUGCAACUGGAGCGGAAUAUCUCGUUGAUGCUGAUCAAUAGUCAUCGCAGCGUUGAUCUACCACGCCCCAGCAUGCCUGGCCUCAUCAGUGUGGGCGGGGCGCAUAUAAAGCCCGCCAAGAAGUUGCCAGCGAAUAUGCAAACAUUUCUGGAUAAUGCUGAACAUGGCGUUGUCUACUUCAGCCUGGGCUCCUACAUGAAGAGCACAGACAUGCCGCCGGAGAAGACAGCGCAGCUGCUGCAGGCAUUUGGCAAGUUGAAGCAGCAGGUGCUGUGGAAAUAUGAGAAUGAUUCGAUGCAAUUGCCGCCCAAUGUGAUGAUUAGCAAGUGGAUGCCUCAGAACGAUAUAUUGGCACAUCCGAAUGUCAAAGUGUUUAUGACCCAUGGCGGCAUCUUUGGCACACAGGAGGGAAUACAUUGGGGCGUGCCUAUGCUCUGCAUGCCGCUGUAUGGCGAUCAGCAUAGGAAUACGAUACGCUCGGUGCGCGGCGGCUAUGCGCGUGCACUGGUGUUCUCCAAGCUCAGCGUAGACAGCUUGGUGCAGAAUAUUGAGGCGCUGAUUUACGAGCCGCAAUACAAACGCAAUGCGCUGGAAAUUUCGCAGCGUUUUCGCGAUAACGCGCAGCAUCCGCUGGAUGAGGCGAGCUUCUGGAUAGAAUACGUUAUCAGGAAUCGGGGCGCGCCUUAUUUGAAAUCGAAAGGUGCAUUCAUGCCGCUGUAUCAGUAUCUAUUGCUGGAUGUGCUGGGCUGUUUGCUGUUGGGCCUGUUCUUGGGCGUGUGGCUGCCUUGGCGGCUGCUCAGAAGAGUGCACAAGUGGUGGGCAGCGGGUGCAGCGGCUGCGCAGGCGGAGAAGGUCAAGAAACGAUUGUGAAUUGAAUUUUUACAGUGUUGUUUGUUGUUGAAGCUUAAGUGCUGCCCCCAAUCACCGCUAAUAAUGAAAAGUGAUAACAAAUUAGAAUUAAAUCAAAUGUGUGUGUGUGUGUUUUUGUAUUUUGGGUAUUUAUUGUAGGCUGGGUAGUUCCAUACGCGCUGCCAAAAAACCGCAACAUUUAAUUAAAAAAUAAGAAAAAAAAAAAACAUUUUAUAUACAGACAACUACAUAAGUAUACGACAAACAAAAUAAAAUAAAUCGCAUAUCUUAAUAAA